UUGUUGGCGCGUAAACCCACAUUUUCGCUAUUCUUACCGACAGUGAUCUUUGCUUCUCUAUUACACUCUCUUCCUCCACAACCACUACGCCUGCAUCUGAGGAUCUCCCCCUCAAAUCCGCCGCUAAGAUCUCCUUUUCCCCUUCUCUCACACAUACUCUCUCCCCAUGGAUUUCGCAUCCAGCUGCAGAUCUUAUCCCAAUCUUUGUCUCAUUAUCACAUUCUCAAUAUUCUUAUUUUCAAAAAUUAAUCUCUCUGACGCCUCUAUCCAUAUCUACGACAAAGAGAAAUUCAAUGAAGUUGGAAACGCUUACCUUCUUGCUGGUGGCAGCGAAGGCAUUGUUGCCUCGGACUCUUCGGCCUCCAAUGGCCGCUCUUAUAUUAGGUUUAGGGAUAUCACUUUUUGGAGGACCAAGGCUGCAGCUGAGGAGCAUUCAGGAACGGAACAUAGUACAGGAUUGAUACAGGUUGUGAUUUUUGAGGCAGCUGACCGGAAUAAUAUUGGUGGUUCUGCUUAUGGAGGACAAAGAUCGAUUUGUUGCACACCUGAUCUUGCUAAGCUAGAAGGUUGCAAGCAAGGUGAAGUCAUUAGAAUACCUUCAGCAACAGACAUUAACUGGCCUAUUGUUUUGAAUGUUCAAUUCAGUGGUAACUACUUAAACACUAACAUAAGAGAUCAGUAUGUUAACAUCACAAAGACUGGAAUGUAUAACUUGUUCUUUAUCGCGUGUGAUCCACAACUCAAGGGACUAAUAAUGAGUGGGAAGACAGUUUGGAAGAAUCCUGAUGGCUAUUUACCUGGUAGGAUGGCCCCUUUAAUGAAGUUUUAUGUGUUCAUGUCUCUUGCAUAUCUUUUGCUCAGUGUUAUUUGGUUCACCCAGUACAUGAGGUUUUGGAGGGACAUAUUGCAACUUCAGCAUUGCAUCACAGCUGUUAUUGCCCUGGGAUUGUUUGAGAUGAUUCUUUGGUAUUCUGAAUAUGCAAAUUUUAACAGCACAGGAGUGAGGCCAGUUGCAAUUACUACCUGGGUUGUGACAGUUGGAGCAGUUAGGAAAACUCUCUCUCGCCUCCUUAUACUUUCAAUUUCAAUGGGUUAUGGUGUUGUGCGGCCCACACUUGGUGGUCUUACCUCAAAGGUGCUUCUUAUUGGGUUUACAUAUUUUUUGGCAUCUGAAUUGCUCGAUAUUACUGAGUUUGUUGGGAAUAUCAAUGAUGUAUCAGGAAGAGCAAGACUGUUUUUAGUCCUUCCUGAUGCAUUCUUGGAUGCAUUUCUGAUACUCUGGAUAUUUACAUCUCUUUCAAGAACAUUGGAGCAGCUACAGGUGAAAAGAAGUUCCGUUAAGUUGGAUAUCUAUAGGAAGUUUUCAAAUGCACUAGCUGCAGCAGUGAUAGCUUCUGUUGCUUGGAUUGCAUAUGAGGUUUACUUCAAAGCAACAGACCCAUUUAAUGAAAGGUGGCAAAGUGCUUGGAUUAUUACUGCUUUCUGGGACAUUCUUGCAUUGGCUUUGCUCUGUGUUAUUUGUUAUCUCUGGGCUCCUUCUCAAAGUGCACAACGGUAUGCCUACUCAGAAGAAGCGGGAGAAGAAUCGGAUGAUGAAGAAGCGCAAUCUCUAACAAGAGGAAAAUCAGAUGGUGAUAUAGGUUUAGUUGAGAAGAAAGAGAGGAAUGGUGGGAAUACGGAGGGUUUUGAUCAAGAGUAUGAGACAGAAGAGGAUAAAAGAGAAUAAUUACUGGUAAACAUAUUCUUUCAGAGACCUCAUUUAGCAAGUGCUAAACAAAUCCUGUCAAUUUGAGCUCAGAGAUGACAUUUUAUAGAAUCUUCCACAUGGCCUGCAGAGGUUUAAAAUUUUGACAUCAUGUGAUUCUGCUAAUUUGAUCAGUGAGUAUACUGCCUGAUAUUGUUGUAUGAUCAUCUUUAUGUAAGUAUAUCAGUGGAUAAAUCCUGUCAAAAAAAAAAAAAAAAGGAAAAGAUUGA